CCCACAAUACAUUGCGCUACUAACACGCAGGCACAAUAAGUCACAUAACAUUAAUCCCGGCAUCCUAAAGUCGUUUCUCAUUCAUGCAUUUAUUUAUUUUGUUAACAAAUCAGAACCGAUUAGGAGACAAAAGUAAUACUCAAGAAUACAGAAAAACCGGGCAAACCGGACAUCCCUAUUAGACCCAUAGCUCCUUCUGCUGUAAAAGAUGGCUCAUCUCUCUGCACUUUUCAAGUAUGUGGACGACCACCAGGAUGAUUAUGUGCAGCGCUUGGCAGAUUGGGUCGCCGUCCAGAGCGUGUCUGCUUGGCCGGAGAAACGCGGCGAGAUCAAGAAGAUGAUGCAGAUGGCGGCCAAGGAUAUUGAGCGACUGGGCGGCACAGUGGAGUUAGUGGACAUCGGCAAACAGAAGCUGCCCAGCGGUGAGGAUAUCCCUCUUCCCCCUAUCAUCCUGGGACACUUGGGCUCAGACCCGGGCAAGAAGACUGUGUGCAUCUACGGUCAUCUUGACGUCCAGCCCGCCAACAUAGACGACGGCUGGGAUACGGAACCUUUCACGCUGGUGGAGAAAGACGGAAAGAUGUAUGGGAGAGGCUCCACUGAUGACAAGGGUCCAGUGCUGGCUUGGUUUAACUGCAUCGAGGCCUACCAGAAAAUACAUCAGGAGCUUCCCAUCAACAUCAAAUUCUGCUUUGAGGGGAUGGAAGAGUCUGGAUCGGAAGGCCUGGACGAACUGGUCUUUGCCCGCAAAGACAGCUUCUUCAAGGACGUGGACUACGUCUGCAUCUCGGAUAACUACUGGCUGGGCAAGACCAAACCCUGCAUUACAUACGGACUGCGAGGAAUCUGCUACUUCUUCAUCGAGGUGGACGGCUGCGAGAAGGACCUGCACUCGGGCGUGUUUGGCGGCUCCGUUCACGAGGCCAUGACAGAUCUCAUUGCACUUAUGGGCUCUUUGGUGGACAAGAGAGGCAAGAUCGUAAUUCCCGGCAUGUAUGACGACGUGGCCCCACUGACUGACGAAGAGAAGCAACUUUACGACAAGAUUGAGUUUGACUUGGACGAGUACUCUAAAGAUGUCGGCGUGGAACAGCUGCUGCACAGCACCAAGGAGGAAAUUCUUAUGCAUCGCUGGAGGUAUCCCUCUCUUUCUUUGCACGGUAUCGAGGGGGCUUUCUCUGACGUGGGCGCAAAAACGGUUAUCCCACGAAAGGUCAACGGAAAAUUUUCCAUCCGCCUGGUGCCCGACAUGGACCCCAAAGUCGUGGAGAAGAAGGUGAUCGAUCAUCUGCAAGCCAAGUUUGCCCAACUGGACAGCCCCAACAAACUGAAAGUUUCCAUGGGCCACGGGGCUAAAGCCUGGGUGUCUGACUUUAACCACCCCCACUACAUGGCGGGUCGCAAGGCCAUGAAGACGGUCUUUGGCGUGGAACCGGACCUGACGCGUGAGGGCGGAAGCAUCCCCGUCACGCUGACUUUCCAGGAGGCCACAGGACGCAACGUUAUGCUCCUUCCAGUCGGCUCCUCCGACGACGGUGCCCACUCCCAGAAUGAGAAGCUCAACAGAUUCAACUACAUUCAAGGGAUCAAGAUGCUUGGUGCUUACUUCCAUGAAGUGUCCCAACUGCAAGACUAAAAAUCUAACAUCGUUCUUACCAUCAUAUGGACCGAUAUUCUUAAAGGUUCAAGCAUACCAUAAGAUACAUUGUCUAGCCAUAAUAAAAUACUUUGUUACUGUAAUCAUGGCUCAUUAAUGUCUCUGUAGUAUUUUAUUGUUUACAUCCAUUUUGUAGUGCUAUAUAGCAUACAAAUUAGUAUUGUGUUUACUGGGGUAGUCAAAAAUAUAGCCUUUUGAAUAGUAAAAUAUGUUGGAAAAAAUAGUUCAUAUUAGGGAUCUAUAAAAAUGUUUUCUAAAAUGUUUUUUUUUUUAUUAUGCGGUCUAAACUGGACAUUUCUGUUUAGUUUAUGUUUUGUUUAUCUACCCUUGUAACAAUUCAUGCAGAAUUUGUUUUUUUUAAUUUUGAAAAAAAUAGUUGAUAAACCCUCUUUUUAUUGUCCCGUCUGCAAAUUAUUCUGGACAGAAGUUACUGUUUUACUGUUAAGUAAUUUUAUUACACUUUUAGAUUUCAAAGAAGAAAUGUCUCUCUUUCUACAUUGUGCAUGUAAUAAGUUGGAGAAUGCUGUUAAACUUAAGUCUAUUAGAAAGAGUUCACAAAUCCAGAGUAAUGUCAUGUAAACAAAAUAUUUUUGUUUUAUUCUGACAAAAAUGUACAACUUACUAAUGAAAACAAAGAAAACAGGCCACGAAGAGUUCCAACAUUCUAAAAAAUAUUACAAAACAAUUUCAAUCAAAGAUAAGAAAGUAAUGUAUAGUAUAUUGUUCUCUUUAUUUUUUGUUUAAUUUUCUUUCAAAUGUUAUGUCUUGCAGAUGUUUCUUAUUUCUUUUGUGUUUUUCUUUCCUUUGUUUACAGUAGUUUUACUAUUUUUAUUUUAUGUUUUUAAAAAAAAGGCUAAUUAAAAGACUUUUUGAACAUCCA